AUGGGUUCUGUCAGUGUAGAAAGUGCAGACUUUUCUUUUGAUGUAUUCAAAGUGCUGAAAGCCCAGCAUGUCAACGACAACAUCUUUUGUUGUCCCCUGAGCAUCCUUUCAACCCUGGUCAUGGUCUAUCUUGGAGCAAGAGGUAACACUCGAUCUCAGAUGGCGAAGGUUCUCCACUUUGACAAUGGCACAGGAAUUGGAGAAACUACUGAUUCCCAGUGUGCCACUCCUGAAUACAUCCGCAGUUCAUUGAAGGACCUUCUCUUAGACAUCACCAAGCCAAAUGCUUCAUACUCACUCAAGAUUGCUGACAGGCUGUAUAUUGAAAAAACAUACCCUGUUCUUCCGGAAUACUUACAGUGUGUAAAGGAUUUCUAUGAAGCGGAGCUGAAGGAAGUUAACUUCAAAACAGCUGCAGAGGAAGUAAGGCGGCUUAUUAAUUCCUGGGUGGAGAAACAGACAGAUGGACAAAUAAAAGAUUUCAUUGUGCCGGGAUCUGUUGGUCUUGAUACUGCACUGCUAUUUGUGAAUGCUGUGUACUUCAAAGGGCUAUGGAAGACCUCAUUUAAAAAAGAAGACACUCAGGAAGUACCCUUCAAUGUGACAGAGCACGAAAGCAAACCUGUGCAAAUGAUGUGUCAAAACAGCACUUUCAGAGUGGCAGAGGUGACUUCAGAGAAAAUGAAGAUCCUGGAGAUUCCAUAUGCCAGUGGAGAGCUGAGCAUGUUGAUACUGCUGCCUGAUGACAUUUCUGGCCUGGAGCAGCUUGAGAACAAAGUCAGCUUUGAAAAACUCACAGAGUGGACCAGUCCUAAUGUGAUGGAAAAGAAGAGAGUCAAAGUGUACCUCCCACGCAUGAAGUUUGAAGAAAAAUAUAACCUGACCUCUGUCUUAGCAGCCUUGGGUAUGAGUGACCUGUUCAGCCCCUUGGCCAAUCUGUCUGGCAUCUCCUCAGCAGAAAGCCUGAAGCUGUCUGAGGCCAUCCAUGAGGCACACAUGGAAGUCAAUGAAGAGGGCACCUCUAUGUCUGGCUCUGAGGAUGUGUUGGGAGACAUCAAACAUUCCCCUGAGAUUGAGUUCAGGGCUGAUCACCCUUUCCUUUUCGUGAUCAGACACAACCCAACCGACAGCAUCCUCUUCCUUGGUAGAUACUCUUCUCCCUAAGGAGAAAAAGGAGCUGGAAAUAAUGCUUGUCUCCCCAUCAGAAGCAGCUCCCCUUUACUGUAGUACUGUAGUAUCAUCUCUUCAAUAUUUUCUGCCUUCAGUAGCUUGAUAUUUUUGAAACAGUUCACAGAUUUUCCUGUCUUUAGUUGCAAGUGUUUCUGCUUACAUAACCUGUAGUCAGGACUUAAAUCCAGGACUGAUCAAGAAUUCCAGAAGAUAGUUUAGGAAUAUUUCUCAUCAUCGUUGAAUAAGCUGAGAGACAGAGCCAGUGUUGUAAUUUUUGUAAGAAAGCCUGCCACUGCUACUGAGAAUCUAUUUUCUCCAUUGAAGUUCUCUGAAACAAACACAUCUUUCAGAAUAAUCCUGUUCCUUUCUGUUGAACGUACUGGGCAAUCAUCCUUGAAUUGAUGCCUCUACUACAUGGAGAUGAAAUUCUAAACUUCAGAAAAAAAACAACUUCUCCCAGGAAUGCAUUUGGGCUUCUUUGUGCUGCAGGUACUGCAAGGCUGUGCUUCCUGUUCUGAGGAAGCAUACAGAAAGCCUGCCAUUUCUUCAUAAAUCAUCAUGUCUAAGUACAGCUUCUUCCUGACUCACAUAAUUUCCCAUUGUCAUACCAGUGACAUAUCAAUGACUUUAUGGAUGUUAAUUGGUGGUCCUUCUAUUUAUUCUAAUAAAAGCAUUGCAAACCAAA